GUCUUCUUCUUCCUCCUCCUUCCUCUCUCUUUCGUUUCUCUCCUUUACGACCGCCAUCUCUCUCUCUCUCUCUCUCGCUCCGCCGUCUCCCCAGAUUCGUCCCCGUUUCUUUCCCCUAAAUCAGAGGCGAGAGCAGCUAUCGUAGCGAAGGAGGAGGGACGGAGACAUCGUCCGCCGCCGCCGUCGCCGUGCGAAUCCAUGGAACAGCUCAUCAACUUCAUAAUUCGGCCUCCCAGGGCUGAGUAUACUGCCAAAUAUGAUUUGUUAGAUGACGAAUUCAUGCUGAAGGGAAAAUUGUACCAUAGGAAGGAUCUGGAGGUUGAGAACAGUCGAGGAUAUAUCCUUCAGUGUAGUCAUUACACGCCAGUUAUAAGUCCUGAAGGAAAACCUCUGCCAUGUGUAAUAUAUUGCCACGGAAAUAGUGGAUGCAGAGCUGAUGCCAGUGAAGCUGCCAUAGUUUUACUUCCAUCCAACAUUACAGUUUUCACGCUUGAUUUUUCUGGAUCUGGACUUUCUGGAGGAGAGCAUGUCACUUUGGGCUGGAAUGAAAAAGAUGAUCUGAAGGCUGUGGUCGAAUACUUGCGGGCCGAUGGAAAUGUUUCUUUAAUUGGCUUGUGGGGCCGCUCAAUGGGUGCUGUCACAAGCCUAAUGUAUGGUGCUGAUGAUCCUUCAAUUGCUGGAAUGGUUCUUGACAGUCCCUUUUCCGAUUUGGUUGACUUAAUGAUGGAACUAGCAGAUACACACGCCUUUCGCUUACCUAAGUUCACUGUCAAGCUUGCUGUCCAGUACAUGCGAAGACAAAUCCAGAAAAAGGCGAAAUUCGAUAUUGUGGAUCUCAACACCAUAAAGGUUGCCAAGUCUUGCUUUGUACCGGCUUUAUUGGGACAUGCAAUUGAAGAUGAUUUUAUACGUCCCCAUCACUCAGAUCGAAUAUUCGAAGCUUAUAUGGGAGACAAGAAUAUCAUCAAAUUUGAGGGUGACCACAACUCCCCCCGUCCACAAUUUUACUUUGAUUCUAUAAAUAUAUUUUUCCACAAUGUUCUGCAACCUCCAGAGGAUGAGGUGGCAGGAACAUAUUUUGAACCUAUGCUUGAUUACUUUGGUAAGGGAGAUUGGAGUGGUGCGCAUGAAGUCAGUCAUGCCCUUGAACCUUCAUCUGUAGCUCAAGGAUCGAAUGCUAGUACAGCUGAUGCCAUCAGACAAUUGCGUACUAGGAGGCCUAUGAGUCGGAUGGAGGUUCCUUCUGAUAUCCCAGAAGCGGACCACCAGUCUAUGACAGAGGAUGCAAAGGCUGAGGAGGAUCCUCGUUCCUCGUCUUCCAAAAUGAUCAAUUUUGAGCUGUCCAAUGGUCAUCCCUAUGGUCCUCAUGUUCCGGCAACAUUAGAAGAUGACGAAUAUGUGGAAUACCAGCUUGAUGACCCGACAGGCUUUCCAUGCACUGUGGAAGAGGAAGAAAAGAUGUUGAUGGAAGCUGUCAUGAUGUCAUUAAAGGACCUGGAGAUGAGACAUUACAGUGAAAAUGAUCCUCUGCCCGACACGAGCACUGAAUCUUUUGGGUCUUCACAGAAAGAUGGUCAGGCCACUUCUUCCGCUACGGAGCUGUCUGAGGCUUCAAAAACUGAUUCCAUUUCCACCUCCGCGUCAGAAAUCAAUGGUCAAAAUCAGACUUUUGACGCAUUUCGUGAUGCAAAUACACCAUCGAGCAGUCCGUCAUGUGACAACCCACCCGCUGCAACUCAAUCUGAUACAAAUUCAUUGUCUAAAAGUCCGCUCGAAAAUGCUCAACAAGUGACAGAAUUAGGCGUUGAGAAAGCUUCUUCUGUUGGUACUGAAGGUCCAACAAGCAUCCAGAGUCCCUUAGAUACAGAUAUGUCGGGCAACACGAGAGCUACUCUGACUGUUGUACGGAAUCCUUCCAGCAACAUAAUGGAUGGUUUGAUGCGUCGUUGGGACUUCGGCCUCUUCAGGAACAAUAGGUGAAGUGAGUCAAACCUUUUUUUUUUAAUGUUUUUUGAUUGGGUUUGUGCACGUCCUCUUGAUUGUUGGCAUUGUUUUGUAACUACCAUAUAUCAGAGAAUGUAGGGUUGUAAAGAUUCAUAGAAAAGGAAAAAGGAACAAGAAAAAAGGUGGGGAAGAAAGUGUUGUACAUACAUAUAUGAUGUUGCAUUCCGUCAAUUGACUAGUGAUUUUUCGAUAGAGAGAGUGAGAAACUUUGUAUUUGCUUAUUAAUUGGAUUCCUUAGGGGACGAAUUCACACACCUUGACAAUGCUUGACAUUCGAGCAGGGUGUGGUACAAUUAACCCUCCUUUCUAAUAUUUUCAUUGAAUGCCAACAACCAGAUGAGAUAAA